UGAUCACCAGGAAAUAAACCCUCCAUUCGGUAAAUUUGAUCGUGAGAAAACAUUACGGAGUGUUUUUGUUACCUCUCAGACACUAUAAAAAAUGCCUUUACUUUGUGGCGGAACAACUGAGGCGAAAGAUGCGAAUGAAGAGGUGCAGAAAAUAUGCGAUGAGAUAAAGUCUCAUGCCGAGGAUAAAGCUGGGCGUAAAUUUGACGUUUUCGCCGCAAAAACUUUUAAAACACAACUUGUUGCGGGGACAAAUUACUUCAUUAAGGUGCAUGUAGGUGAGGAUGAGUACAUUCAUCUACGUGUAUACAAGACUCUGCCCUGUCACGGAGAGAAACUGGAGCUGCAUGGCAUACAGACACCCAAGACUCAUCAUGAUCCCAUUGAAUACUUCUAAAGCAAACUUAAGCAAAUCAUCAUAAAUACUGCCUAAAAUGCUCAUGGUUAACAUUUUUACUAGAUAGUGUGAUCACAGAAGAGUGACUAGUGGGAUCACUUCCUGGGAUGACACUAACUGUGAAUUAGGUAACCCUUUAAAUACAUGUUUCCAUUAUGUGUUUGGCAUAGCUGUAAAAUAACCCAUCCCACUCUCAAAACAUCACUUAACUCACAUCUUGUUACCUAUAAUGUAA